AUGUCGACCGAUAGCGCCUCUACUCUCACAACGUCACUUAUCCACGGAAAUUCCGCCAAGCAACAGGUACAAGCGCACAUCUUCUCCGCCUUUGCGGCCAUCGCCUGGUACAAUGCCAUCGAGCUCGUUAUCCUGUGCUUCGUCUCCUUUAAGCGAUGGCAUGGCUGUUAUUUCUGGAGUUUGCUGGUCGCGUCGGCCUCCAUCAUCCCCCACUGUCUGGGCUAUGUCCUUCUUUUCUUUCCAACGGGGGUCUCUGCCUAUAUCUGUGUUACCCUCAUCAUGUUCAGCUGGUGUGGUAUGGUGACGGGCCAGUCAAUGGUUCUCUGGUCACGUCUGUAUCUGGUGCUGCAGAACACCAAGGUGUUGCGUCGAGUCCUAUGGAUGAUCGUGGUUGACGCCGUGCUGUUCCACAUACCAGCGAUCGUGCUUCUGUAUGGUGCCGUGUCCACCCCCUACGGCAACUUCGCCCAAGGUUACAACAUCUUCGAACGCAUCGAGUUGGUGGGGUUCUGCAUCCAGGAGCUGAUCAUCUGGGGCAUCUACGUGUGGGAGACUGUCAAGCUGCUGCGGUUGCGGCCCCAAGGGCGGCGUCAUGGCAUCUUGCAACAGCUGCUUAUGAUCAACAUUCUCAUCCUCAUUCUGAGCGUGAUCGUCGUGGUCACCGAGUACGUUGGUUAUUAUGCCGUCGAGGUCUUGUUCAAGCCCGUCGCCUACAGCAUCAAACUUAAAUUAGAAUACGCCAUCCUGGGGGAACUGGUUGCCAUCGCUCGCGGAUCUUACCGCUUUGAAGAUGUGCCGUCGAGUGCUCGUGAGAUCAACUCUUUUCCAUCCUCUUCGCCAUGGUUCUGGGGCAAGUGCCAGAGUGGUCCUGAGAUCUCGAACCAGACGGCAAACGAAUCCGCCAUGGGAUCGAACCUAAUAGGUUGGCAAGAGAUCCCCUUGAAAGCUAUGGGUGUAUUGUCUGUGACAGUGGAUAUUUCGGACGGCCUCCUGGUCCCGGCACAAUUGGUAUUUGGAGCUGUUCAAGGCAUCGAAGUCGGCGACCCCACUAUCUUGAAAGGCAUCGUGAUCAGUGUCACUAACGUUAUCCUGGUUGUGCUAUUUUCGUCUAGCCGCUUGGGAUAA